AUGCCUUCAAAGAGCACGAGGAGAUUCAUCAUCGUCGAUGACAGUACCAUUCGCGAAGCCCGGGAUCGGCAAGAGGAAACAAGGCCUCGCAAACGACAGCGGGUAGACGAAGACGAGGAAGAGGAGAGGAAGAAGGAAGAAGCUGGUUCUGCUGGAGCGAGGUUGGUGUGUGACCCAGAAUACUACAAGGAGGACGGCGACUGCGUUGUGAGGGUUGACAAUAUCCUCUUCAAGGUCCGUAAAGAACUGUUAUCAACAUCUCAUACCUUUGCCGACCUUCUGGAGGGUCGUCGGGGAGCCAUCGACGAGCACCCUCUGCAACUGCACGACAUCUCCGUUGAAGAACUCCGGGCUCUUCUUUUUGCGUUAUAUUUUCAGCCAGACGAUGGAACGCUUGUAGCGCUACCAUUAGACCACACGGGCGCAGAGUUCGUUAUACUCCUGGCUACCAUAUCCCACAAAUACGCCUUCCAGGAGAUUCACAAGUGGGCCACGGAAAUCCUCGAACACACUGCGUCGUCCAACCCCGCAUUCAUGGAAUCCUGCUCCUCCGCAACGCUGUCAUUGAUGGUGGACGUCGCUGUGCAAUGCAACAUUCUGCACCUCCUCUCCAGCGUCGUAGACAAGUGGAAUGAGCGCGUGUAUCAUAAGAGUACACCAUCCGUACCAGCAAUGCAAGCUGCUGAUAAACACGAAUUGCUCAGCCUACGCGGGGUCGCGUACUACGUACACGUUCAGGACAUGCUCGACCGCCAAACUCACACACCAGAAGGUGGCGGGACGCAGCUGCGUGUCGACCCGAAGCUGAACAACGGACAGGUUAUGCGCCUGUUAUCUGGGUAUUGCUCCCUCGUCAGUUACUGGGAGCGGCUCAGGCUGAAGCCGCUCGAAUUGCCCCAUGCGUCGGAUGCAUGCACAGUCGAUGCCCACCGCUCAUGCGUGGCGACCUGGGAGAGGCGUUGGGUAAGUGCGGUGGGUUGGAAGAGGAUAUUGGGCUACAACUCGGCUGAUAUCUUGGCGCUGUUGACGUGCUUGAGAGACCAGCUUGGUGGCGACGAGGAACUGAAGAAGGGUACUACGCCGGAGUGUAGAGCUGCAGGAUUGGAUCUACUGAAGACGCAUGCGGAGACAACACGCAAGCGUCUAUCCGACCACUUCUUUGGUUGUAUAUGA